ACCAACCAACAGCAUCAGCUGGCUGAAGAACUGCAAAAUUGUUGAAAAGUAUCGUUUUCUAAAUGAAAUAAGAUGGAAACCGAAGAUAAACAAUACAGAUGUGUUAAUUGCGGAGCACCGGCCGCAGCGUUGUUCAAAAGUUACGGCCCUUCUGUGCUGAAAUUAACCAAAUGUGAGAUAUGCAAGGGAAUUGUGGAUAAAUACAUAGAAUAUGACCCGGUCAUAGUAAUGAUUGACAUUGUGCUAAUGUCCCGAGAGGCUCAAAGGCAUGUCUUGUACAAUACUGAGUUUAAGUCUUAUUGGAAGCUUUUAAUCAUCUUGACGCUUCUUGAAACUUAUGGAGAAUGGAGGAACGACAGUUUGUUCAGCAUUGUCAUCAACUCUAUCUGUGGUCUACACAAAAACUCUACCUACUUAAACAUUCCGGAGGAAAUGGUUCCACUGAGUUUCAAGAACAAAUGCUGGGCGUGGGACCUGGAGGAGAAAACAGAUGAUAUUGACUUAUUUAUUUGGGAAAAGGAUUUCUAUGUACGAUUCAUAGCCACUUUUUCUGGAAUUGUAAUGUUCAUACUAUUUGUUAACAGUUUGAUGAAAAUACAAGACACAUGUUUUUCACUGAAUACAGUUACAUUUACAAGAAUCUUGAAAGGGUUUUCAUUGGCCAAUGUGAGCAUUCUGUUUACACUUCCAAUGCUUGUAUGGGGAAAUGCUGCUUCACUGGAGACCAAGUUAAUACAAUAUGCUCUUGUGCUUGGAUACAGCAUCGUAAUGUUCACAAAUGUUUUCACAGUAUUAUACGAGUCUCCAGUGCUGACGACGUUCUUGAUUCUCGCCGUAAGCAACGUGGUCAAGUAUGUAACCAGUUUCAACGUAACGCCGUAUCUGCGCGAGUUGAUUUCUUGAACAAUGAAACAAUGAAUAUGUAUCACAGAGUAUUUAUUUAGAAAAUAUAUUUACCUUAUCCGUU